AUGGCCGCCGUAUCUCCAGUCAUCCUGAUCCUCGGAGCAGGACCCAACAUCGGCCAGGCAGUCGCUAGGACCUUCGCCUUGAAAGGCUACAAGGUCGCCCUCGCCGCUCGGUCUACGAAUGAGGCAGAGAGCACGGACCGUCAACUCAACAUCACAAGCGACUUCUCCAGGCCGGACGACGUUGUGAAGGCAUUCAAAAAGGUCACUUCGACUUUUGGGAUUCCAAGUGUGGUCGUUUACAAUGUCAGCGCUUCAACCUUCACCCCUGCCAAAGAACCGUUUGCCCUCCAGCUGGCCGACCUCGAUCGAGACCUCCACAUCAAUGUCGUGAGUGCCUUUGUGGCCGCGCAACAGGCUGUCUCCGGGUUUGCUCAACUUCCUGCUUCUGCUUCAAAGACAUUCAUCUACACUGGAAACAUCCUCAAUGUCAAUAUUCUCCCAGCAUUCAUCGACCAAGGUAUGGGGAAAUCAGCUGGGGCACAUAUGAUCUGGGCUGCUUCAGCUGCGUUCUACUAUGGCGACGAAAGGAAGGCGGACGGGUCACCAAUCUACAAAGUGAGCGGAGAGGCACACGCAAAACAUUACUGGGAACUUGCGGAGGACAAGUCGCAGGGUCCGUGGCUGCAGACCUUUGUCAAUGGUGUGGGAUACACCAAGUUCGAUGGUCCUUCUCUGUGA